AUGCACGUGCGCUCGCCAGCAGCUGCACCGCUCCCUCCGCGCCUCGCCGUUCCUCCGGAGGCGAGCAGUGAUCAGCAGGGAACCAGAGUGGUGCCUGCCGUGCGUCAUCCCACUGCCGCCAUCCCGCAGGUGCAGUGCAGCAGCCUCCGCCCCUCCAGUCGCCACCCGCCUCCGCCCCUCCAGUCGCCACCUGCCUCCGCCCCUCCAGUCGCCACCCGCCUCCGCCCCUCCAGUCGCCACCCGCCUCCGCCCCUCCAGUCGACACCCGCCUCCGCCCCUCCAGUCGCCACCCGCCUCCGCCCCUCCAGUCGCCAACCGCCUCCACCCCUCCAGUCGCCACCCGCCUCCGCCCCUCCAGUCGCCACCCGCCUCCACCCCUCCAGUCGCCACCCGCCUCCGCCCCUCCAGACGCCACCCGCCUCCGCGCACAGGUGGCGCGUUGAAGGCGCUGCAGCAACGCACGAGCGCGUACCCACGCUCGUGCAGUACACACACCUUGCUGCAAGCAUGCACUCACCAGUCGAGCUCGCCCCUGCCGUUGCCGCGUGUGCCUCACACGCUCGGGCCUCUGCCCGCUUGCCUCAGGGCACUGCCCCUAGCUAG